AGAUAUUAGCCAAUAAAGAGAGAUCAUUUCCCACCGCUGGGGACCCUAUUGCAAAUUUUCCAAGCUAAAUUAAAAAGAAUACAACGAGGCUUUAAGAAUCAAAAAUGUAAAUAUCUCUCGUGAAUGUGAUGUGUGUCUGCUUCAUCAGAGUGCAGAUCUUCAUGACAUAUACAUUAUACAUGUACGUUCCAACAUAUUUCCGCAAAGCCCACAUCAUUUUUAUUUUUUUAGUACUCUUCCACAUUCCCCCCCUUUUUUUUGAUAAAAAAAAAAUUAUUUGUAUUUUUUGGGGGGAUUCAAUUAAUUAAAUGAUUGAGGGUCAAAAAUUCAAAAAAUUCAACAUUCUAGCUGCCCCUAAUAAAUAAGGACUUGUACAGCUACAAAUUGGCUCAAACUCCAAUAUAAAUAGAUAGUAUAGCCUGCAGAGAGAGCUUUGCAAUUGAACUGCAUUAUAGAGUAUCCCUCUCUGCCGUCUGCACAUUUUAACGUCCGAAGCAGAGAAGCAAGGCAAAACAUGGGCAGCAGCAAUAUCACUGCAAACCAUGAGUUACACUUUGUUUUUAUGAACUAUGAUCCUGAAUACGAGCGCCUCCGAUCCAACAAAACAAAGAAGGGAGCAAAAGAGCUGCAUUUGUACUUGAGCAAGAAGCAUGAUGAGUUGUUGGCCAAUACUUUUGAGGCAGGGAGCUACCAGAAGACGCUGUCCUUAGUUAUUGUCGACGGGUUCGCCGCGGAAAUCACCGACGAUCAAGCAAACGUGCUCAGAUCUGCCAAACAAGUCAGGCUUGUCGAGAAAAACCAAGAGCUUUCUUAGUAAAUAUAUGUGUAUCUCUAGCGCUGUUAUGUGUGUAUGGACUGUGGAGUAGUUCAUAAAAACAAAAACUUGGCCUGAACCUUGAACCAUAUUUUCAUAUUAAUGUUUGUGCUAGCUAUUAGUACAAUGUUUUGCAGGUCCAAGAAAAAUAUGAGGAACUAUUUUAAUGUAAUAUAUGAUAUUGGAAGAAGCAAGAUCAUUGAUGAUUAAUGGAGUAAGGAAAAGGUAUCCUUCCAUCACGGUUGAGGCCUUUCUGCUUCUUGAUUUGGAGCAAGUUAAAUAUGUUAAGUUUCUUGGCUUCAGUAUAAUGUCAAAUUAUGAUUCAAGUUUUGGCCUUCUCUCUCUCUCUCGCAACUGGAAUUUACAGUUCUGUAUGUACCUAAUUCUUCUUCUUUUUGUUCUCAGUAAGUUGGUAUAGAGUCGUACGUACGUAGAUUUCCGUUCGAUCUAACAGUUGCUUUUCUUAAUCUUGUCGCUGUUUCUUGGAAGUUUACUCCGCGCUUCUUUUUCUUUGGUGUUUCUGUGCUCAUUAAUUGGUCAGGGAAGUCCAGGUGUAACCUGGCCUUCGCCGCGCCGUACGUUCACAUUUUCUAUUCACCUUUAAU